AUGGCGCUGAGCCGGGUGCCGGCCUCCAUGAGCGCGAGCUGCUCGAUCUUCGUGGGCAAUGUGCCCUAUGAUGCGGUGGAGGAGGAGCUGAAGGAGCUGUUUGGCAAGGUGGGGAAUGUCACCUCCAUCCGCCUGGUCCUGGACAAGGACACGAAGCAGCCCAAGGGUUACGCCUUUGCGGACUUCGCGGACCCCGCCUCGGUUCAGGCUGCGGUGGACAAGCUGAACCACGUGGAGUACAACGGCCGCAAGCUGCGGAUCGAUGCCGCCGAGCGGGAGCUGCACAACCCCUUCAGGGAGGAUGGGCCCGGGCUCAGCAAGGGCAAGGGUGGCGGCAAAGGCGCGGCGAUGGCGGGGGACAAGACGGCCAUGGCGGCCUUUGGCAUACAGGAGCCCCCGCCGGCGCCGAAGCCGGAGGAGAAGGCUCCGAAGUUCACCUCGGAAGCCGAGGACCUGAUGAAAAGCGUGGCAGAGCUGCUGAAGAGGAAGAGGCUGCGCGCCAGCGACCUCUUCAAGAAGAUCGACAGCAGCGGCGACGGCAACGUGACCGGGGAGGAGCUGCGGUCGGGGCUCUACGACCUGGGCUUCAAGCUCUCCGAGGCAGACCUGGCGUCCAUCAUGGCGGUCAUCGACAAGGACGGCGGAGGGGAGGUGAGCGUCAAGGAGUUCGACCGCGCCAUGCGGGCGGCCGAAAAGCUGCCCUCCAGGAGGGAGAAGCAGGAGGUCGCAGCGCAGGCGCCGGUGAAGAAGCAGGGCAUCACGGAGGAGGACAAGGAGGAGUUUCGGCAAAUCUUCUGCCUCUUCAAGCAGCUCAGCCAGGCGCGGUCUGCUGGUGUCUCAGACGAGAACAUCGCCCUCACAGACUGGAGCGAGAAGGGCAGCAUCGGGGUCGAUGACUUGGAGACGCUGCUGGAGGCCGUGGGCUUGAAGCUGAGCCCUCUGCAGAUGGAGGCCAUGAUGGGGGAGAUCGACGUGGACGGGGACGGGGAGAUCAACUUCACGGAGUUCUGCAACUCCAUGGCCCGACGGAUGCAGAUCGACUACGAGCCCGACGAGGUCUCGGAGGCCUUCCGCGCCUUUGCGCGGAGCGCCCCGGAGGGCACGAUCCGCGUCCACGACCUCCGGGAGGCCCUGAGGACCUACAUGCACGCGGAGGUCUCCGACUUCGAGGUGGAGGAGCUGCUGCAGCACUACCAGGAGUGCUUCGUGACAUCGCCGGAGAGCAAAUGGGAGUUCUUCAAGUACCAGAGCUACAUCGACCUCAUGUCGCCUUUGGCGGAGCGCGAGGCCGGUUCCAAAGCCUCCAACGCGCACCGGAACUCCAAGAGCUCGCGGCAGCCCAGCAAGUCCUGA